CUCUUUUUAUCAACAUCAAGAAAACAUACAUUCUCGUCUUAAAAUCUUGGAUAAUUGCCUCAAAAUGCCAAUGUCCAACUUUCUUACAUUUCCGAAGCCAGUGCUUGCCAGCAAAGGAGCCAUUUGCACGACAUGUCUCCAGCAGUUUCCCAAGCUGAAUAAAUGCGGCGGCUGUAAACGUACCAGCUAUUGCUCUCAGAAAUGUCAGAAGAAAGAUUGGUCAGAAGGCCACAGGAAGUUCUGUAGGGUCUUCGUGGAAAUGAAUGAGCAUUUCUCAGACAAUACAGGAUCUCGAACCUGGAAGGAGUACCGAUUGCAAGUUUGGAGUAUAGUAGAUGCUUUCCGGUCCCGCUGCGAAGAGAAUCAGAUAUUGGCGUCUAACGAAGCACGCAUGCUGCUGUAUCAACCAUACUGUGCAAAUUGCUAUCGGUCUCAAAAUCAACUCCCAAAAGAAGACAAGCUGAAGCUCUGUUCCACUUGCAACAUAGCAGCAUACUGCAGAAGCUGCACACUACACGAUCACUCCUGCCUCAAACUCACCUCAAUCUCCAAAGCCGAGCUGUUUUCCAUCCACCACUACCUGCAAACCGGCGAAACCUCCCUCGGCAUGCCUACCGAAAUCCCACGCUCGAUCUACAGACCUCUAUCGACCGCCAACUCUUGGUACGACUACUUCACGUCCAUCUCCGACAAGAGACCCCUACUAUCCGGAAAAAUCACCUCGGAUCUCAACCCUCUGAGUGGCUCUGAGCAGGUCUCCAACGUUCUAAUUGCAGCCACAGAUAAAAACACCAUGAUCCUCACAAUCAUCGCUGCCCUCGAAGCUGUGUUCUCCGAUCUCGCCAACAAGAAAUCCAUCACGCUCCACAUCAUCGGCGCCACUGCCAAGGAACUCGACGCCCUCAUGCUCUUCGAAGAGAUACUACAUCUCCUCCCGAACCUAAAAUCUCUCCACUGCUCAUUCAUCGGCCCACAACUCCCCAUGCCCAUAGACGGAGGCCGAAAAACAGAUCUCGACUGCUGCCCACCCUGCACGAACGCCGCACGCACACGCUCCAUGUCGAUGUUCAAAGGUCCCUACCAUGACUACACUCAAGACCCUACCUUCUCCCUCCCUGAUCUUGGCGUGGUUUUCCAUUCAGGACAUUCUCAGGAAGCGCAGGAGGAGUGGAGACCGUCAAUUGAGUAUUUGGUUACUGCGGAGUUCCCGACUGUGUUUACGACGUUUAAUGAGAAGGAGAUGAGGGAGGAGACGGAGGGGUUGAGGGGUAAGGGCGCGGGGUUUGUGAAGGAAGGAGAGAGGAAUAGGUGGAUGGGGGAGAGGCCGUUAUUGGAUCCGUUGGAAGAGGUGGAGGGGAGUGUGUAUAAUAAUAAUCAGUAUUGGUACAUCAUUUCUGGGAAGAAGGAUUGAGACCAGCAAUCAGAGUUGCCUGAAAUAUAUCUUAGAUUUAGGGCCUGGCAAUCAGAUCCAAUAUCACAUUUCCGAAUCCAC